UUUCCGAAAUUCCGUAACCCGGAAGUACUUUUUUGAUGUUGCGGACGAGACGCUGGUAAAGGAACCCAUCAACGUUUUCCUUCUUGCUCACAAAAUGAUCAACGAUAAAUAUUGAUAAUCCUAUUUGCAAAUGGGCUAUGUCUGAACUAGUGAGACUGCUGUCGUCUUCUCCCGUACCGCCAGUUGACCGCUCGUCCCCCACCACCAUGUCUACGGGGAUGGCCUCUGCACCUCUACUGCAGCCUACCAGCAACACGACACAAGGUCAGAGAAUGCCCUGCACGUUAUACGGCUGCCAUCGUGUCUACACGGACACAGACAGCCUGGCCAAACACAUCAAGGACCAUCAGAAUCACAUCCCCACUCAGUCCCUCCCAGGUAAAGUGUUCCUCUGCUCCUUCAUUGGCUGCAAUGGCUCCUUUCCCAGCAUGCAUCAUCUGAUGGAACAUAUGAGACAACACCACAAGCCCAAUACGUACUUCCUGUGUCAGAGUUGUCGGUCCAAGCUGCGCUCCUACCGCGCCCUCCUCAAACACCUCCACACCUGUGCUAAGGUAGCCAAGAGCAAGGCCAAGGCUGGCGAGCAGGCAGAGGUCAAGCCGGACCCUGACCCCGAUGCUGCUGUUCCCAUGGCUACAGACCAGGAGACCCCACAGCAGCAAGAGCCCAUGGAGUCCGAGCCCUCCCACCCUGUCCAUGGGUCUACCGGGUCUGACCAUCUCUCUGCCCGGGCUCCCUCCCCCUACCAGCCCCCAGAGGAUGGAUCUCUCCUCGGCCUGGACCUCAACACGGCCCUGCUCCCUGGAGCCUUCUCCCUCCAGGAGGGAGGUGGUGGGGGAUUGUCAGACACCCAGCCCCCAGGCCUCACGGCCCUGCUCCCUGGAGCCUUCUCCCUCCAGGAGGGAGGUGGUGGGGGAUUGUCAGACACCCAGCCCCCAGGCCUCACGGCCCUGCUCCCUGGAGCCUUCUCCCUCCAGGAGGGAGGUGGUGGGGGAUUGUCAGACACCCAGCCCCCAGGCCUCACGGCCCUGCUCCCUGGAGCCUUCUCCCUCCAGGAGGGAGGUGGUGGGGGAUUGUCAGACACCCAGCCCCCAGGCCUCACGGCCCUGCUCCCUGGAGCCUUCUCCCUCCAGGAGGGAGGUGGUGGGGGAUUGUCAGACACCCAGCCCCCAGCCCCCAGGCCUCACUCCUUCUCACAGUACCUUCAAUCUCCACCGGAAGUUUCUGGACCGGCGCCACAGCAGCAACAACAGCAGAGGCCCCCCAGGCCCGUCCCUUCGGCUCUACCUUCCUCUCCGCCCCCCCAGCCCUCCACCCCGCCCGGCUCCAACGCUCGCUGGAGGAAGAACCAAGACGCUCCGGGGUCUCUAAGACACAGAUGGACCUCUCCUCCUCCAGCCAAUCACAGGUUAACUAGAGAUGGAGCGCAGGUCAGUCCUUCAACGGCCGUAUUCUAUGGAAACACACCAGGGGGCGCUACAGCUGUGUCCAGUGUGGCCACGCCACCCCAAACAGGAAGGAGAUGACCGCUCACAUCAAGGGCCAACACAAGAGCCCUGCUGCCAAGCCUGAUGACCGUGUGCCCUCUUCACAGACUACAGAGGCUAGCACCUAUACCCGUCUCUGACCCGACCGCCACAUGGGAGGAAACCCCAGUUCAAUAAUAUGUGUUCAGUGGAACUAGUUUUAUCACUUUAUUUUCCUGUGAAAGUGAUUCAUUUCAAUAAACAUAAUUAAAUUGA